AUGACCAGCUGGAACCACACAGUGGUGACCUAUUUCCAAUUUUUACCUUUCUCCAGCAUUCCAGAGAUCCAAGGCUUUCUCUUUUGUCUGGUAUUGCUUAUGUACCUCAGUACUUUGGUUGGAAACAUCCCCAUCAUUAUGAUCACUAUGGUAGAUGCUGCCCUUCACUCCCCCAUAUGUUUUUUCCUCAAGAACUUGUCCUUCCUGGAGAUUGGCUACACUACAUCCACAGUCCCCAAGAUGGCGGUGAAUGUCCUCACAAAAAGGAAAGGCAUAUCCUUUCUGGGUUGUGCCACACAGACGUAUGCCUUCUCCCUCUUAGGGGUCACAGAAUGUUGUCUGCUGUCUGCCAUGGCCUAUGUUUGCUAUGUGACUGUAUGCCAUGCCCUGUGCUAUGCAACCAUGAUGAGCUGGAAUAAGUGCUUCCUGCUAUCAGUUGUAUCUUGGCUUAUUGGGGUCUUGGUGACCUUAGGGCAGACAGCUUUCAUCUUUAGCCUUCCAUAUUGUGGGCCCAACAGGAUCAGUCACUUCUUCUGUGAUCUGCUGCAUCUGCUGAAGUUGGCUUGUGUGGACACCUACAAGAAUGAAAUCACCACCUACAUAAUAGCUGUCCUCUUCAUCAUGGUCCCCUUCUUACUCACCGUUGUGUCAUAUGUCCAGGUACUCCACAGCAUCUUCAAGAUGCCAUCCGCUGCGGGCAGGAGAAAAACGUUGUCUACCUGCUCGUCUCCUCUGGUCAUGGUCACUCUGUUUUACGGAUCUGCCCUUGUCACCUACUUGAGACCCAAAGCGUUUUAUUCAAGCAGCUGUAACAAACUGCUUUGUCUUACACACUGA